AUGGAACCAUUUGGAUGUGCUCUAUUUGAACUGAAACUGAUCCAGAGGCGAAGAAGGACACGUCAGAAUGUCGUUCAGAUAGAGAAACGUGUAUUUCGUUCACGUACCUUUUUGGAUCAAUUUACUGAAACCCAGGUGAUAGCCAAAUUCAGAUUAUCCUCUCCCAUGAUACAUUCCCUGUAUGAUGAAAUACACUUGGCCCUAGAAACACGCACGCGGAGAAGUAAUGCAGUACCAGGUCUUGUGCGUUUUUUGGCAGUACUUCAUUUUUUAGGAAAGGCCUCAUACCAACAUGUCAGUGGUGAGAUUGUUGGCAUCUCACAACCCAGUUUUUCCCGCUGCUUGGUCGAGGUCCUGCAAGCACUGCGACAACUUGCUCCAAAAUACAUACAUAUGGGCAAGUCACGUGAAGAGCGGGAUCAAAUAAAACGUGGUUUUUUUGACCUAGCAGGAAUGCCCAAUGUCAUUGGGGCAAUAGACUGCACCCAUGUGCCAUUAUGUCCCCCAUCAGAACAGGAGCACAUCUACCGAAACCGUAAGGCUUACCAUUCCCUCAACAUCCAGGUGAUAUGUGAUUCAAACCUCAUAAUCCGUGAUGUUGUCACCGGCUUUCCAGGAUCCUGUCAUGAUGCCCAUAUAUUGCGCCAAUCGGGAAUAUAUGAUACUCUGGACAAGGACUUAGAAAAUAAUGGAUGGCUGCUGGGAGAUGCUGGUUACCCCUGUCUACCAUGGCUCUUAACACCUAUCAACAGGCCAUCCUCUCCUGCAGAAGCAGCUUACAAUGUUGCUCAUACCAAAACAAGAGUGGUUAUCGAAAGAUGCUUUGGUGUCCUAAAGAGCCGUUUCCGUUGCAUGUCCUUGUCUGGUGGAUUCCUUCAGUAUUCCCCCAGUAAGGUAGCUGAUAUGUUCCUAGCAUGCAGCAUUCUCCAUAACAUUGCAAGGCAUGGAGGACUACAAGAGGAACUAGACACCACAGUGGAGGAUGACAUGCCCACAAUUCCAGUGGAAAAUGAUCACAGGGGAAACGCAGCAAGAAGUAAACUGAUUACAAACUAUUUUACAGGUAAUAAACCACCGUAACAUGUUUUUAAUUUUCCAAACAUCAUCAGAAAUGAUCACAAACUUGCAUUAUUAAGUUGAAGAGACAGACAUGCUGUAAAAUGAAUUAUUUGGGCUGAUCUUGUUUAUCAAUGUCAAAUCUUAACCAAUGAUGUUUUUUUUAUGAUUUCAGGUUAACCCAACUAUAAAAACUUUGGAGAAAUAACAUAAAAUUAAGACAGGAGUACAAAAAUUGCCAAAAAAUGAAUCUUUAUUUUGUUUUUGUAUUUUCACUUUGUUUUACUUCUUUUGCAUUUAUUUUUUAUCUUGUAAAACAUUCAACAUUAACAGUUUCAAACAUAUAAAAUAAAAGUUUCACUUAAAAGUCUUCUACAAAACAAAAGUGUGUUUGAAUUCUUUAUUGCAACAAGUGUAAGUGUGGGUUAUACACGCAAAAAUUCUGUUCAUCUGCUAAUAAGUACCAACAUUUUUUUGACAUUAGUGAGAAGCAAUAAAAUAGAAGACCGAACUGUGUGCCAAAGACAGUUGAAAUGCUGCAGUUGCCUGAAACCAUGUCCUUGCCAGAAAGAUGGUGAAUGAAAUGAGUGCUGUUAACUGCGUUGUGUGGGAGAGGGGAGAAAUGAAAUAAAACUAAAAUAAAUACCACCAAUU